CUCGAUUUAACAAGUUGAAAAUCUGCUGAAUAAUUCAUGAAGAGUGGAAGGGCUGAAUCUUCCUGGAAUGAUAUACAGUGUGCGUACUGUGGCACAGGAGAAACUGCAAAGCUUUGUAUCAGUUGCUGCCGUUUCUGCUGCUGAUUGCGAGGUGCUGCUGCUUUUGGCAUUUUCACAGCCACAGAAUCCUCAGUUGUGCUCUGGUCUGCCAACAGCUAUCUGCUGCCUAUGGACCCACCUUCACUAGCUACAGCCUGUGGGAUCUCUUGCUGCCCACCUGCUUUGGACACUGCUGUUCUCUGGACUGUCAGCGCAAACUGCAUUUUCUGGACCUUGCAGCUUGUGUGACUGAAACCUGCCGUAGAGUCCCUCAGCUGCACAUCCCCCCUUGUGCUCAGUGGGGGACUCCUGCAGCAGGAUCUUCAGACCCAGACAAGGAUGGCAUUUACAGGAAGAAGUCAAAACUGAGCUGCAUUCAGCGAGAUGCCCAACGCCUCUUCCUGGAGUGCCAGCUCACCUCUGCUGCUGCUCUGGGAGGACUCCUCCGGGACCCGCAUCUUCCUGUCGCUGCUCUACGCAGUCUUAGCUAUCUCAGGGACUUUAUCUAAUGUGAUGGUCAUCUAUUUAGUCUUCUCCUUCAAGAAGCUGCAGACAACCAGUAAUGCCUUCAUUGUGAACGGCUGUGCGGCAGACCUGAGCGUGUGCGCCCUGUGGAUGCCCCAGGAGGCUGUGCUGGGGCUGCUGCCCCCCAACUCCUCCUCCCUUCGCUCGCCGGAGUACCGGCUGCUCCGAGGGGGCCUCCUCGGGCUCGGCCUCACCGUCUCGCUGGCCUCUCACCUGCUGGUGGCCUUCAACAGGUACGUGCUCAUCACCAAGCUGCCCAGCGUGUACCAGGCCCUCUACCAGCGCAGGCACACGGGAUGCAUGAUCGGGCUCUCCUGGGCGCUCGCCCUGCUCCUGGUCCCGCUGCUGCCCGGGCUCUGGACGCCGGGCGCUGCCCAGCAGCCGCCCCCGCGGCAGACGGACGGCAGCUCCCGCUACACCGCCCUGCUCCUCGCCCUGGCCGUGCUGGGCCAGACCGCGCUGCUGCUGCACUGCUACCUGGGCAUCGUGCGGCGGGUGCGGGGCAGCGCCAAGCGGGUCAGCGUCCUCAACUUCCACCUGCUCCACCAGCUGCCCUUCCCCGCUGCGCCGCCGCCGCCCCGCCGCGCCCAGCGCCGCCUCAGCAGCGUCUCCGUUCUGCUGCUCUGCUGCGUCUUCCUCCUGGGCACCCAGCCCCUGGUGUGGGUCAGCCUGCUGGGCUUCUUCCUGCGCCCGGCGCCGCCGGCGCUGCAGGCCGCCAGCUGGCUGCUGCUCUGCGCGCUCUCGGCCCUCAACCCUCUGCUCUACACGUGGCGCAGCGAGGAGUUCCGCCGGGCGGCUCGCUCCGUCCUGCCCCGCGCCGAGGGCUCCGCUGCCGCCCCGCGCCCCGCCGCUGCCGCCGGCCCCGCCGCCGCCCCACCGUGCCCGCAGCUGCCGCGGCGCCGGGGGACGGUGGGCAGCGCCGGGGCCGCCGCCGCGCCGCGCUGAGGGGCCGCGCCGAGCGCCGGGCAGUGCGAGCGCCCCCGCCGGCCCGCGCCCCCGCCCCGCGCCGGGCGGGCGCGAGCGCCCGCGUGCCCGCCGGCGGUCACCUCACGGCGGGGUCACCUCACGGCGGGGUCACCGCACGGCGGUCACCACCGCGCCGUCCCGGCCCCGCGCACCGCUCUCCCGCUCCCUCCUUCCCCGCACUGACAGGAAGCCCGAGGCUCCGGCUGCGUGCAUGGGGCACCGGGACGGGCGCUGGGUGCUGGUCUCCCGCCCGCCCGGAGCGCGGCCCUCGCCGCCCCCUCAGCGCCGCUCCCGCCCCCGGCGCCGUCCGGGACUCCCGCCAAAAGCCGUGGAUUUAGAAAUCUGGGAUAACUGGUAAAUAUGGCAACGUACGUAACUGUUGUUAUGCUUUAGAGAUUUCAAUAUGAGACAGGCACCGAGACAGAGACUUACUGCAAAUUUGUUUUUAUAAAAUCUGUGUAAUUCUUAAAGCAUUUGAAGUAAUUAUUUCAAGUGAGCUCCCUGGACACGAGGUUCACUUGUGAAGAGCUGGCAAGUUCCUCAUCACACGCACACAAAUCCACCAGGAACUUUCCCCAACAAACUUCCAUAUGAUGGUGUCUGUGGAAACUGGUAAAAACACGCACGCCUCUGUGGUGAUCUGGUUUGGAUAUUUUGUUUUGAAAGCUCUUUAUAUAAAGGCCUGUUUUGACAAAGGUCUCUGCCUAUGGUAAGGCACUUGAUAAAAUGCAAUGCAAUAUGGAGACUGGUGGUGUCCAUCUAACCUUGUGUCCUGUUCAGUUACCAGUUUAUUGUGUUUCUAUUAAAUGCGUUAUUGCUGAAGUGCAAUCACACAGCCUGUGCUAAAUAUAAAAUUACAUUCUGUGAGGCAUUUGGAAAGGCAACAGCUUCUCGCGCUGAGGGUGGCAAGGGAAACCAACUGCUGUGAGUGCGGCACCCUCAUUCCUCCCAGGAACGCACCUGAAAUCCUUGUUUCCUUCCCUGUUUCUUGACCACCUUCCUCCUCUUUUCCAACAUGUUUGCUGUUGUUCUCGUAGUGAUGAUACUUACUGCUCUGUUUGCCUUUUGGCACAGAAGUCUGGAAGAAGGUAGUUGUUUUCUGAGUCCGUGAGCAUCCACAAGCAGUAUUACCUAAAUUGUUCUGUUUUGAGAAGAAGAAUGGACACAUGGGAUCAUAGGAAAUGUCUUCACAACCAGUGUUUGUUGCUCUGGAUGACAGGUAUUAAUACAAGCUUGGCAGCUCUCAUGAGGACAUUUGAACAAUGAGACAAUAAUGAGGAAGCGACAAGCAUGAUAGGUAUAAUGUAAGAGGCCCUAUGGCCAUAUUUUAUAAUGCUCCACACGUUGCUUGCCUUACCUGAUGGGUUUGAUUUUCAACAGAAAUUGCUUUAAGAGGAAGGGAAGAAUUUUGUUUUUUCCCAAGUUUAAGACCUGUUAGGCAUCUGUGAUAGAGUUACGUAUCUAAAAUCCUUAUACCAAUAUUUUAUUUUUCUAAAUAAAAAUGACUGUCAUCACAGAACAUAUUCUUCUUGAGGUCAGGAUUUGAUAACAGCAUCAAACCCAGGCCUCAAAAGUAAAAUGAAAAAAAAAAUCUUGACAUCCUGAAAAUGCAUCAACAUCUUGAAAACAGCUUUAGCCAUUUGUAAGGACCUGUGGAAAUGCAAGAGAAGUUUCCUAGAGUCUGAGGCUUACAGAGACCUGCUUCCUCCAUCUGGGGGAUAGUGUGAGAGACAGUGUGCCGCUGUGUGAUAGCAUCAGAAAUAUGGAGAAGGCUAGUGGGGAAACACGAACACACGAGAUAUGCAAGAUUUAUUUUUGUCAACACUGCGCACAUAUCUUGGAGAGCGGAGGAGCCACUAUAUCUGUGUUGUAAUCUCAUCCUAAUCACAGCGAUUGUGCUUUUGCUAGCUUUGUGCAGCAAAUUGAGAAGGAAAACUGUUCCAACCACACCUCUACCAAUUCUGGAAAAUAUUCCGGAUCACUGCAGAAAUAAAGCUAGACCAAGGGCCACUUAGGCAUGAGACCCUGUUCUCCUAUAAAGUAAUCUUUAGGCUGGAACGCACAAAUAGAUCCACGUUGCCAAUUCCCACCAUGGCUAAAGGAACUGAAGGCACUUGGUAAAGCCCAAUACUGGGCCCAUAAGCAAAAGAACAAACAUUAAAAUAAAAAAUUAGACAACAUCCCCCUUGUUUUCAACUAUGGAACUUGUUAGUCUGGAAUUAAAGCAAUAACCUGUUUCAGAAUUCAGUGUGCAAACAUCAGAUAGCUGGAACUUCUGGGCUUCUUCCCUUGUAAAAUAGCAUGCUAGUCAAAUCUGAAAUGCCUGUAUUUUAUAGAGACUACAUUUUACAUGCAAACAUGUAAAAAAUGCUGUUAUGUACAAAACUCCAGCUAUCCUUAUGCUAUGCAUUAAUUCCAGAGAACAGCUGGAGAUCCCGUGGAAAGUUUGAUGUGAUUACAUCUGACUGUAGAUCUUUGACUGUUUUAAUAUACUCAGGUGACCUAAAUAGCAUUACGCAGAAAAUAAUUUUAAUUUAAAGUAAUUAAGAAAGAGCAAUUGUCUCAAGAUCAGUUUCUCUGGGAAAUUACUGCUCAGAAAAGUCCUGUAUGCCUUGUUCUACAGCCAUAUUCUUUGUAUUUCCACACUGUAAAUACUCCAUGAUAAAUUGCAAUGGAAGCUCGGCUUAGCUCAACUUCUGCUGGCGUGGUGGUACUGCUUCUUGGUUGAGAAAACUGAUCUGACUCACAGUUUUUGGCAUCUAUGCUUUACUUUUACAGCUGAUUCAAAUGUAUCCACUGCUACUUUAAUGGUGACUUUUCUUCAAUAUAAAUUUCUGUCAUACUCAACUAAUUUACAGAUGCAAGGGAUAUGUGGCCAAUUGACCUUUAAAAUGUCUCAACCAAACAAUCUUUCAAGAGGUGUAAAUGAAGAUGGUGGGAAAUCCCAUCUGCAGUUCAGACGAGAUGUGCUUGAACUGAAUUGCUCCUUUGCUCUGGUGUUGUGCCAAGCAAGUUGUCUCAGCAUGGCCUGAAGUUACGCUUCCUAGAACGGCUGGUCAGCUGGCUUCACAUGUGCUAGAUGAGGGCUGUGAUCUCAUUAAAGCAUUGGAUUUAUUAUACAGUAGUUCAGCUGUGUUGUUCAUGUGCCACAGGUGCCUAUUCCUUUGCUAUUUUCUCAGGGCUUCUGGAAACAAGAGUAGCUAGGAGUUAGUAAUGGGCUGGGUGGAUUGUGGCCAGUUGUACUGUUGUGGCUUAAAACCAGCCACUUGGUGUAUUAGGGCCUGAGGAAAUCUGCUACUCAGUUUGCUGUUUGUCCAUGCAGAAAUACACGUGGGAGUGGCUUUUUGAAACUGAAAUUGUGGUGCCUCAGAAAAACACCCUAGGGCAGGAAUAUGGUUAUGAAAAUUGCUGGCAGAGGGUGUUCAUGAAAUCAUAGUUUGGAUUAAAUCUUUUGAAAUUACCCUUAAUUUAAGAUAGUUGUAAAAAGCCAUUGAACUGCUUUGUGGAAUCAGGUAGCUACAGUAAGUAAUAUGUGCUUCCACCAAAACUGGACAAUCACUGCCCUAAACAAAGGUGCAUUAAAAAGUACAGACAGCAAAAUGAAGCUGGGAAAAUAUGACGAGGAGAUAAAGGUAACAAGACAGGGGCACUAACAGUGUGAUUCUGAGGAACAACACAGCAAAGAGUCCAAAAGCCAAAAGAGGCCUGGGAUUAUGAUGAAAUAAACCAUCUCAAAUGAUUUGAUUCUUUAUAUAUGUGAGGAAAUAGAAUUCUGUGCUCUUCUUAAUAAAUAAAAACAUGAAAUUGUAUUCUAAAUUUCUUUUUUUUUUCUUUUUUUUUUUUUUUUACAAAGCAUUCCAUACACCAACAAAUUUUCUUUAAUCUCUGGAAUCAAAAAAGACUAAAGGUAUGAGUUGCAUCAGGGCCCUUAUGGACACUUAAUUCAAUGGCAUUACUGGAUUUAGAAGCAGGGAUAACAUCUUAGCUAAUCUCCAGAUUCAGUCAGCCAUAAGCACACUGUAAACCCUUUUUUGUAACUACCAAAUUGAUGCUAUUUUUAAGAAAACCCACAUACAGAUUAUUUUCAAAUGAAGACGUUUAAGUGUAGCAUUUCAUUAAAGAAAAAAGUGACAACAUAUACUUUAGCUUUCCAUUUCAUCUUAAAUCACAUAUCUAGAUUAUUGCAGUAUUCUUUAAAUUCAGAAGUCCCUUUCCCAAAUGGCAGUGAAAAUAGCUUUUCUCGUGACUGUUUAACUUCUAAGAAAGCUACCUUUUUUUGCUCUUUUAUGUCAAUCCUUCCCAUGCACUGUCAUCAUUUUAUCAGGGUAAUAGUCUAUUUUCUUUCUUUCUUUUCUCCCUUUCUUCAGUGUUUCUGUCAUUUCCUUCACUAAUGGAAAAGUACUUGAUCCUGCUGAUCAGGCCAUGACUGCUAGAGCCAUGUAAAUUUUGGGUGACAAUUGUAAACCAAGACUAAAGAACUGAGGGACAAAUCCCACAUACUUGAAUUUCUACCUAAGACUGAGUGGGCUUUGAAGGUGGAUUGUUUCCUGCAUAGACUAGUGGACAAAUGCUCUGUCUGUAAUUACAGAUACUUGCAUUUUAUUAAGCCUGUGUAAAGAACAGGGGUAAUAUAGAAAAAAAACGUCACAAGUAGUUUGAAGGCUGGAGAAAAAAACUUUCUAGCUGAAGAUCUCAUGAUGAUUAACUUAUCAAAACUUAUCCUUACAGAAUACACACCCUUUCCAUAGCCUUUGCUGUGGUUAUCAGCUUUUUUAGUAUGGUAUUGAAACAAGAGAGUAGAACCAUCUAUCAUGUUAAAAAAAGAGAUAUAAAUAGGAACACAAAAAUUAUUUAUCAUAUAUUGUUAGUAAAUGUAAGUUCUCUUGAUUCCACAAUAGAUAACUUGCUUGGCUCUUUCCUGUUUGUUGUAACUGCUAUGUACAUGCUGACAGCAUUAGGAAAGUCACAUACAAAUAUAACAAAUUAUGGCUCUGAGCUGAAUUAAAGGCAUGAAUUAGUUUUCUUCUAUCUCAUGCAUCAUGAAAUAUUGCUAUUUUACUGUCUACUGAUUAUCUAUAUUAUACCUGUCACCUGAUAGCAACCACGGUCGUUAUGGUAAUGUCAAGAUUAUAAUUAUAGUCCCUUCUGCAAUGUAGUCAUACUAUGCUAAAAAUCGUCUCUUUGAGAUGGUAGUGUCCCAUGCUUGGUCUCAGCCCAAACACAAAUACAUUUUUAGAUUUUUGAGAGGAAAAGUAUUUUGUUUCUGAGUUAGUAACAUUCAAGGAAAAUUAUAUACUUAUAUGUACAUACGCGUGUAUAUAUUAAAUAUAUAUAGCCUUUUAGUAACAUUCAAGGAAAAUUACAUACCUAUGUGUACAUAUAUGCUUAUAUAAUUGAAAAAUAUGUAGCCUUUUGAACUAUGGUUUAACUUCAUUUGAAAUAAACAGAACUUAUCAAAA